AUGGCAGCAUCUUGCUAUUAUCAUCAGAAAACUCUUGCUUUCUUUUUUGUAACGUUAUCAAUCUUGCUAAUUAUAACAUCUCAUGCAGCUCCACUAUCAUUCAACUAUGACAACCUUAGUAGUGACAAAACAAUUGCCUUCAAUUUCUCAGGUGAUGUCUCUCAAGAUAGCCAAUCUCUCCAACUCACGAGGUACGAGAAAGACAGUCUAGGUAGAGUCACAUACUCAAAACUGUUUCAUCUUUGGGACAUAAACACAGGUGAAGUCAAUGAUUUCACUACUCGUUUCUCAUUUACUAUUAACACCCCCAACAAAACCCAUCAUGGAGAUGGAAUCACCUUCUACUUGGCACACCCGAAUUUUCCACUACCUGUUCCAAGAGACGGAAGUGGUAUCGGUCUCGUGAGCCGAAAUCAGUUGAGUAAUCCAAAUUACACAAAAGAAAAUCCAUUUGUUGCUGUGGAAUUUGAUACUUUUGUUAAUGAUUGGGAUCCUAAAUAUGAUCAUGUGGGAAUUGAUGUUAAUUCUAUCUCCACUUCUUACACGACGCAAUGGUUCACUAGUAUGGAUGAAAGAGGAUAUGAUGCUGAAGUGAGUUACAAUUCGAGUUCAAACAACAUUACUGUCACCUUUACAGGUUAUCAAGAUAACAACAUAAUUCAACAGCACUUGUCAAGUGUUGUUAAUCUUAAAGAUCAUCUACCUGAUUGGGUUGAAUUCGGAUUCACUUCCGCAACAGGGUUCUGGUGGGAGUAUCAUACUCUUAACUCAUGGUCUUUCAAGUCAAGUUCAGAUUUUGAAGCAGACAAGGAUGGAACAAACACAGGACUUGUCGUAGGACUUAGUGUUAUCGGUUGUGCUGCUGUUUUUAUUUGUGUUAUCGGGUUGGUUUGUUUUGUAAAACGGAAGCUGAUGAAUAGAGGAAUGGAAGAUGUUUCGCCGACGGAUCUUGAAAUGGAUAAUGAUUUUGAAAGAAGCUCUCUACCUAGAAAGUUUACCUAUGAAGAACUUGCUACCGCUACCAACAACUUUGCGAAGGAACACAAAAUCGGAGAGGGUGGUUUUGGAGGAGUCUACAAAGGAUUCAUAAGAGACUUAAAAACUCAUGUUGCAAUUAAGAAGGUUUCUAAGGGAUCAUAUCAAGGAGUAAAGGAAUAUGCAUCUGAAGUCAAAGUUAUUAGCCAACUGAGGCAAAAGAAUUUGGUUCAACUCUUUGGUUGGUGUCACAAACAAAAUGAUCUUCUUUUAGUUUACGAGUUUAUGGAAAAUGGAAGUUUAGAUUCUUAUCUCUUCAAAGGUAAAGGUUUGUUGACAUGGCCGGUGCGAUACAACAUAGCUAGAGGCUUAGCCUCAGCAUUAUUGUACCUACACGAAGAAUGCGAACAAUGUGUACUUCAUAGAGACAUAAAAUCAAGCAAUAUCAUGUUGGAUACUAAUUUUAACACAAAGCUCGGAGAUUUCGGUUUGGCUAGACUAAUGAACCAUGAGACAGAAUCAAAGACAACGGUUCUAGCAGGAACAUAUGGAUAUCUAUCCCCUGAGGCUGCAACUAGAGGGAAAGCUAGUAGAGAAUCUGAUGUAUAUAGUUUUGGAGUAGUUGCUUUGGAAAUAGCUUGUGGUAGAAAAGCAAUUGAGCCAAGUCUUAGUGAAGAACAUGUUUACUUGGUGGAUUGGGUUUGGGAGCUUUAUGGUGUAGGUGAAAUUCUUAAAGCAGGUGAUUCAAGAUUGUAUGGUGAGUUCAAUGAGAAGGAAAUUGAGAGGUUGAUGAUUGUUGGACUUUGGUGUACUCAUAUAGAUCAUGUUCAGAGGCCUAUGAUUAGACAAGUUGUUCAGGUUCUUAGUUUUGAUGCUCCUUUGCCUACUCUUCCAUUACAGAUGCAUUCAUCAUUCAAUUCUGUGUCAUCUAAAUACAAGACUAGUGGUUUUGAAAAUAACAAAAAUGGGACAUCAUCUUCAAGCAAUAGUACCUUCACAGGGUCAUCGCAAUCAAGCACAGCAUUUGAAGUCGUUUCUCCUUCAGCUGCUCUUCUAAAUACAUACAACACCAUUUGA